AUGACAUUGGAUGAUGUGGGUACCAUCUUAGGGAUCCCUAUCAUAGGUAGAUCAGUUAAUGCUGUAACUUUGACAGAUCAACAGGCACAUGCACUUGUGGUAGCUUCCUUGGGAGUUAAUGAUGCUAAAGCAAUUGAGAAGCUAUCAUCUACUAGGGGACAAUUAGUAAAGCUGGAGUGGUUACAGAGCAAAUUCAGUGGUUGCAAAGAUUCAGACACUGAGGAAUCCAUAGCUUGUGCCGCCAAAACGUAUUUACUAUUUCUAUUGGGAAGUACACUGUUCAGCGACAAGAGUGCUGCAUUGGCAUAUUUAUACCGACAGUUGGGAUUUGCCACAAGAUCAACUGCUCAACAGAUGGCUGGUUACAUGACAUUGUUGGAGGCAUGGAUUUAUGAGUAUUUUCGGCCAUUGAAACCUCACCAAAACAUGGAAUAUACUAUACAAUUUCCUCAUGUGCAUCGAUGGACUCCUCAUCAGGAAUUUGGUUCAACAGUAUCACACCUACAAGCAUUACAAGAGGAGCAUGACAGAUUGGCAUUUCAUGAGGUUACUUGGGAUCCAUAUCGAGAUUGUCAUCAAUAUCACCCAUAUCAUGAGAUCACAUUCUAUACUGGUUGUUUGAAGUGUUUGGAUGUAGUUGAACCCUAUCCUCCUGAAAGGGUUUUCAGACAGUUUGGUAGGGUUCAAACCAUCCCACCUAUGCCACUUGACCCUAUUCGUGCUAUUAGAGGUGUCACAGUAGGUCGAUAUAGAAUGAUGUAUCAUUAUCUUGAUCAGAUAUGGGAGAGUUGGGAGAAUCAUGUUUUAUCUGCUCGGAGGAAGAGUAACCCAGUCAGACGUCCAACUAAUUAUGUUGAUGGAUACAUGCAGUGA